GACCUCCCAGAGCGACAAUGAAACUCGAGCAUCGCUUCCCUUAAGAGUGCUGCAUGAGAUAUUUUCAGCCAUGAUACAUUUGUUAUCAGCCGGGAUCACCCUGAUCCAUACUCUAACGAUUGAACCAUGGAAUGCCUUGCAGAUUCGGAGAGUCGAAAGCCCAUUUGUUGUCAUAGAAGCAAGUACAUACAGCUUUGCAAUACCUAUCCAAGCAUUGAGAAAGUCGGUCUUUGGUUGGGCAUUCCUUCUUUACCAUGGAGGUUUCUUUCUUGAUGUUCUUUCUUUUGUGAUACAGCACCGCAAUGACCAGGACUUUCAGCCCUUGUUUGGGGGAGACGGACUACGAGCCGCUGCAAGACACCAGCGAGGAUGUGCCUUUUUUUGCCCAAUUGCUGUUAAUGACGGGUUCAAGGUUGUGCCUUACUCUCUUCUUGAGAGAACAAUUCCUGGAAGGCUUUUGAUAUGGCAAGCAGAUCAUCCUAUGCUGGACGUUACCUUUCGAACGAGGCUUUUCGUGGCUGGGAAACUGUUCAAAGCUGCGGCUUUUGGUGUGUCUAGAACUAUAUUGCACAAGUCAGUAUCAUUCUUAUGCCUCUUUUUACAUGGAGCGCUAUGGGUUUGUAUCCAAAUGAGGCGCAAAUUUGAAUUAUGGAUGAGAUGGGAUGCACGGGUUUAGUCGCCUAAGUGCAGAGAAGGCGAAGUACCAAUGUACAUAUUCCAAGUAAGGAAUGACAUCUAACGAAAGAAUCGAGACUUUAAU